AUGUACCGGAGGGCUUUCUUUUUACUAUUUCUAUUGAGGGCAAAAUGUAAAGCAUCUGAUGAAGCCGAACCAUCUUACGAAUGUGGCCGGCAUGGCAGAUUCGAAUACUGUAUCGAUGGAAUUCCUGGCUGCGUAGUUGGGUGUCAUUGUCAUCCAGGAUAUUACUUUGAUACUGAUUCCAAAAUAUGUGAACCAAACACAAAGCUAACCAAUGAUUACAGACGACACUAUAGGUUAGAACCAACCCGGGCGCCAAUGGUAACUUUCGGUCAAUUAACUAUCCCAACUCUUACGACAACCAACCCCAUUGAUGAAAAAGUUGACACUAUAACUAAAGAUACCGACGACCUUGGUGACUGGCUUUACAACCAGUUCUUUAAAACUAUAGAAAAUCAAGUCAUUAACAGCACCGAUGACGAAAAAAUGACGAGAAGAAGUGGUAGUCAAUUUCCUAAACCUAAAAGCUUGAGGCGUUCACGCAAAAGAAGCAGAAAGACGUCAAAGAGAAAAAAAUCUAAGAAAAAAGGCCUAAAAAAGAAAAUAAUGAGGAUUACUGAAGACGACAGUCUAUUUGAUUCAAGCUCUGACUCGAGUUCGGAUGAAAGCAGUAGUUCUACAGAAAGUGAGAGUGAUAGUUCAGAUGACGAACAUGGGCACAGGAAAAUUCUACUUCUCAACAAAAAGCCAAAGCCUCCAUUGCCUUCGUUUAUUUUUUUGCCAAACACCGCCGUCAACACUCCAUUUUAUCCUCCUAUAGGGUUACCCCCACCACCAGCUAUCGUUCCUAUGUAUCCAAUGGUACCGGUACCACCUGUUGACUAUCAAGGACAUGCAGACUGCAAUGAUGAUAGCAAGACCACCACAACGACAACGACAACGACAACGACCACGGCAAGUAGUUCAGCAGACACCACGACAGACACAACCACUGCCGCCGCCACUCAAGACACUACAACUGAUACAGUCCUGAGAGCCAGAGAAUCGCCAGCACUGAGGAGCAGUAAACAUGGGCAUCGAAAUAAAUUGCAACAAUUCCGUGAAAAAAUGAAAAGGCGAAAUAAACCACCUUCCAUGAAUUUUCUUGAUAACUAUCCAGAUCCAGAAACACCUUACGCUAAUGAUCCCGAAGCACCUCCAAUACCGUUUGAUUUUAGGUCUAAAGAUAUAUUUACCAUUACAACUCAGGCAACGAAUGAUGGAUGCACCAAAUCGUCCUUUCCGAAGAACUUAUUCAGUGAAUCCUCCAGCACAUUACGAUUUGACACAGAAAUUGAGACCGGCAUCAAAGGCCGACGAAGUCAAUGA